AUGCAGAAAUCGAGUAGAGGACCCCAAAAUACACGUAUUUUUGGGGAAAUAAUUUCCAAAACCCGGAAGUAGCCUACAUUGUAAUUGAACGACAUGUAUAAAUCGUGUAAUGUGGAAAAUUGACUUGGGCAAAAUAUCCCCUCUCUCACACAAUUAUCAGGUGAUUGUUAAUGUAAACAAAAUUCAUCCAUAAGUCGAAGAACCAUGCAGAGUAGCCCUACAGAACCAUUCCCAUGGUUUGGAAUGGACAUAGGAGGAACUCUAGCCAAACUUGUAUACUUUGAGCCAUUAGAUAUAUCCACAGAGGAAAAAGAGACCGAAGUAGACACGCUAAAGACGAUUCGCAAAUACCUAACUGGAAAUGUAGCCUAUGGAAAAACUGGUAUACGUGAUGUACAUUUAGAAAUGACAAAUCAACGACUAAUGGGACGAACUGGAUCUUUACAUUUUAUUCGAUUUCCCACUAGUGAAAUGAUGGCUUUUAUCGAGCUUGCCAAAGCUAAAAAUUUUCCAAGUCUUGCAAGUAAUAUAUGUGCAACAGGGGGUGGAGCUUAUAAGUUUGAACAGGACUUUAAACUGCAUGUGAAUCUAGAUCUGAAGAAAUUUGAUGAACUCGACUGUUUAAUAAAAGGCAUCCAUUACAUUGACAGGAACAAUAUAAGUAGUGAAUGUUACUAUUUUAAAAAUCCAAAUGAACCUGAGGCUUGUGAAAAAUUACCAUUUGACUUCCGGGAUCCUUACCCAUAUAUGGUGGUGAAUAUUGGAUCGGGGGUUAGCAUGCUUGCAGUGUACUCCCAAGACAACUACCAAAGAAUCAGCGGGACCAGUUUAGGAGGUGGAACAUUCCUGGGAUUAUGCACCCUUCUGACGGGCUGUGAUACAUUUGAGGAAGCAAUCGAAUUAGCCUCACAAGGCGACAGCAAAAAUGUGGACAAAUCAGUGAAAGAUAUCUACGGGGGAGAUUAUAACAAGUUUGACUUACCAGGAAAGGUGGUGGCUAGCAGUUUUGGUCACAUGAUUUCAAAGGAGAAAAGAGAAUCUGUGUCAAAGGCUGAUAUUGCCAAGGCAACCCUCGUAACAAUAACAAACAACAUUGCAUCUAUUGCAAGAAUGUGUGCUGUAAACCAGGGUAUUGAAAGAGUGGUGUUUGUUGGGAACUUUCUACGUGUGAACACAAUCUCCAUGAAGCAUAUUGCUCAUGCAAUGGACUAUUGGUCAACGGGAAACCUCAAGGCACUUUUCUUGGAACAUGAGGGUUACUUUGGGGCCAUGGGAUGUCUUCUUGAGCUUCUGAAAACAGGACCACCCUGAUCCAAAAUACC